AUGGACUACGAAGUUUCUCGUAAAGUAUGGGACGCAAAGGUGCCGGUGGAGAUCACGUUGGAAUCGGAAGAGUUGGCUGACCCAGUCAGACCGUAUUAUACAAUGCUUUCGAGAUGUAGCUACUUCACGUUUGUGCUGCCAAAAGCCGUGCAAAUGUUUUCCACGAACUGUCCCAAUCUCUCGAUCGAUUUGGACAACGUUUGGCUUGAGUACAAUAGGAUGCCGCUAAAAACGUACUUUCCGAUUGGCGUUCUCUUCGAUUUAUUGAAAGAAGAUGAGUCACUGCCUUGGAGAAUAUCACUACGAACAAAGAACAAACCCGAAGGGCUUUCAACGGUGAAUCGAGAUAUGACACAAACAAUGUUCAUGCAAGCUGUAAAGGAAGCGGACUAUUUGAAAAGAAAAGGUGAUAUGAUAAACUGCAUGAAGAGUGAUGACCACAAACAACUUUGGAGCGCUCUUUCCCAAAAUCAGUUUGAUGCAUUUUGGUCAAUAAAUCGAAAACUGAUGGAAUGUUCGGACUCACGACCUUUUCUCUUGCUACCAAUUCGACUUUAUGAGCGCGGCAAGUCUUUCAAACAGGCACCAAUUCAACCAACAACUUCGGGACACCCAACUACUCUCGAAGAAGCAAUAAAAAUACUGGACAGUGAUAUCGAUUACAAUGAUGCCAAGUUUAUUUGUCAUGGGAUUCAAAUUCCACUCGAUACUCCAGUGUUAUGGAUGACAAGAAAUUUCGCCUAUCCUGAUAACUUUGUCCAUAUGUGUUUGGAGAGAAAAAGA